AAAAUUCAUAGAUAAAUCAGUGGACUCCUCUCUUAUCAUCUCCACUCUACUCCGAGGCUCAACCCCUUCCAAAACCUUCAACACUUGGAAGCAGAGAUGGCCAUACUUUCUUCUUCAUCGUCAUCCAUAAUUUCUCCGAGCUUCCUUCAGAACCCCAGAAACCCCUUCAAAACCCAUCUCCCGAAGCUCCAUUUUUACCCUCUCAAACCGCAAAUUGCACCUUUGAAGUUUACUCACUCUAAUCCCAGAAGAUUCAAUGCAGUUGCCGAGGACACUUCAGUUGCUACGGCGGACCCUUCUUCGGUGGCCGCAAGGAGGUUGUACGUGGGAAACAUUCCGCGGACGGUCACCAAUGAUGAGCUCCAGAAAAUUGUCGAGGAGCACGGUGCUGUUGAGAAGGCGGAGGUAAUGUAUGAUAAAUACUCUGGAAGGAGCCGAAGGUUUGCAUUCGUGACAAUGAAAACUGUUGAGGAUGCAAAUGCUGCUGUUGAAAAGCUUAAUGGCACAGAAAUUGGAGGGCGUGAAAUCAAAGUAAAUGUAACAGAAAAACCACUGGCUACUUUGGAUUUGGCAUUUCUUCAAGCUGAGGAAUCUCAGUUCAUUGACAGUCCGCACAAAGUAUAUGUGGGCAAUCUUGCAAAGACUGUAACCACAGACUCACUUAAAAGCUUUUUCGCAGAGAAGGGGAAAGUUCUCAGUGCAAAGGUAUCCCGAGUUCCGGGGACCUCAAAAUCCAGUGGAUAUGGUUUCGUCUCAUUCUCUUCAGAAGAGGACGUAGAGGCUGCCAUAUCAUCUCUUAAUAAUGCGGUGCUUGACGGGCAGAAGAUUCGCGUUAACAAAGCAUAGAACAGUUAGCAGAGACCGAGCACCAUUUGGAUUUCAAUGAAUACUGCCGUCUUGCUAAAGAACACCCCGAAUGAGUUAAUAUUUAUAGCGGAAACUGAAUGCUUAAUCUUGCUGUGAGCUCUAUAUUGAUAAUGGAGUUAACAUGCUGUUUCUUCUUCAUGUGCUUAUCAAGAAAUCCAAGAGCACAAGAGAAGAGAGAUUUUCAUAUUGGCACUUGUCCCAGGGAAGUUUAGAUUCUUCAUUAUAUCCUGUGUAGCCUCCUGUAGAAGAACUCGAAUUAGCAAUGUAUGAAGCCGACUUCGUAGUUUCUUAAUAUAUCUUGGAUAUCUCAUGGAAAGUAUUGGUCAAUGGGCUGAGAUCAUCUCCAUUACAUGUAAUGACAGUUCUAUUACAUAUCUGGAUGUUAUCUGGCACA